CUGAUUGGUCGAGUAGAAUUGACUCUGUGGCUGUGGUAACUAGAGACGGCUCCCCGGUUCAUGUUUUCUAGCAGGCGUUGCAUUGUUGUACUUGCUCCCAAAUGGAUUUUGCUGGCUCCGGUAUUUUUAAGAAGUAUUUCCACGACACACCCCUCAACGAGAUUCUACAAGAGUACAGACACAAGGGACAACAGACACACCGGUCUCUACAUUGCAGAUGAGCUGAAAACAGUCAUCAAUGACCUUGGACCACAGAAGCAUAAACGGUUCCAGUCUUCCCCACGCCAGUCCCACUAAGAGGGGUGGAUGGCACAUCAACACCCCCCAUCAGAGCUUCCCCAGUGGACAGCAGUCCCAGAUGGGGACCCUGACUCAGAUUCUGACCAGGACUCUGGAGUUGGAGAGGAUGCUGGUGUUCACUGGCAGGAGGGAGUUGGAGAGCGGGAUUUCAACAUCUUUGUUGCCUUUCGGGGAAACAUGGAUGACGAGGACUUCCAAGAGAAACUUGACAACAUACUUAACAGGAUGCCUAGUAUGCUUGAAUUGGACUCAGAGAGACUGCAGCUCCAGCAUGUGGAGCCAUGGAACAGUGUGCGAGUCACCUUUAACAUUCCUCGGGACGCGGCAGAGCGCCUCAGGCUGCUGGCCCAGAACAACCAGCAGCAGCUCCGAGACCUGGGCAUCCUCUCUGUACAGAUAGAGGGUGAAGGAGCCAUAAACGUGGCCAUUGGGCAGAAUAGAGGUCAGGAGGUCAGGGUAAAUGGACCAAUUGGUCCGUCCGGUCAGAUGAGGAUGGAUUUGGGAUUCCCGGGACAAGCAAGCCCAGGAGGCAUGAGAAUGAGCAACCCGUCGAUGGUACCCCCUUGCCCCAGUAUGUCUGGACAGGCCAUGGUUCCCGGCAGCAGUGGACAGAUGCACCCCAGAGCCGCCAGACCCCCCUCACAGACUGAUGCGAUGGGCCCAAUGAUGUCGUUGCAGCAGCAGCUUCAGCAUCCUCAGGCUGGCCCCUAUGGCCAAGGACCCAUACCCCCCCAGGCAGCUCACCACAUGCAGACCAUGCAGGUGGGGAGGCAACUCAACCCGGCUGCCCUCCAUCAGCUGCAGCAACAGCAGCAGCAGGCCCAGCAACAAGCCCAGCUCUCCCAGCUUGGUGGCCCCCGUCCCCCCUUCAACACCUCUGGCCAGAUGCCUGUACCCUCCGGCUGGAACCAGCUCCCCUCAGGGGUCCUCCAGCCGCCGCCAGCCCAGGGAGGACCCAUGGGCUCAGCCUGGAGGAAGGCCCCUUCCCAAGCUCAGAUGACUCAACGUCCCCCCUCCCUGGCUAUGGUCCAGACCCCCAGCCACCCUCCACCUCCGUACCCAUUUGGUAGCCAGCAGGCUGGCCAGGUGUUUAAUGCUAUGGUGCAGGGGCAGCUCCAGCAGCAGCCAGGGGCUGGUCAGUUUGCAGCCCCCCAGCCUAAAGGUCCCCAGGGUGGGCCUGGAGGGGUGGCAGGACCCCUUAGACCUCCACCACCUCUGCCUCCUUCAGCAGGGCCUCAGGGAAACCUCACAGCCAAGUCUCCUGGGUCUUCACCUUCCCUCUUCCAGCAGGGUUCUCCAGGGACUCCUCCCAUGAUGGGGCAGGGUCAGGCCCAGCUGGGACCGAGACCUAUGACCCCACAAGGUUUCUCUCAAGGGGUAGGCUCACCGGGCAGGGCGAUACUGGGACAGCAGGGUAACCUGCAGCAAGGGUUCAUGGUAAUGCCCCAAAAUGGGCAGGCUGGACCUCCGGUUCAUCAAGGAGGAAUGGGAGGAGCCCAGUCAUCAGCCUCCACCCCCAACAACAUGCAAGGUCCGUGCCACUCCCAGCCCAAUGUCAUGGGCCUCCACGGUGGCAUGGCCGGCCAGCCCCCAGGCACCACCUCAGGCCCCAGUAUGGGCCAGCCCAGCCUCCAGAACCAGAUGAUGGGCCUCCAGGGCCAACCUGUGUCCUCGUCCCCCAGCCAGAUGGUCCAGGGUGGGGGUCCGGGGCAAACGGUCCUCUCCAGACCCCUCAACCCAGGGCAGAGAGGAGGCAUGACCCCACCCAAGCAGCUGGUGCCCCAGCAGGGCCAGGGGGUGAUGCACAGCCAGGUGGUUGGAGGGCAGGGGCACCAGGCGAUGCUCCUACAACAGCAUCAUCAGCAGCAACAACAGCAAAACUCCAUGAUGGAACAGAUGCAAGGAAACAAACAUGCGUUUGGAGUGAAAGGUCAAGCUGGGGUCAUGCGGGGUCCGUCUCCUAACGGGCCCGGUAACAUGUCUCAGUUCCAGCAAGCUCAGGUGGGCCAACAACAGCAGCAGCAGCAAAUGGCUCAGCUCCAACAACAGCAGCAGCAACAUCAGCUACAACAACAUCAACAGAUGACCCAGCAGCAGCCCCAACAGGUCCCCAUGGGUGGCAACCCAAACCAGGUCAUGGGUAUGCACAGUCAGAUGAGACUCCCCAGUGGUCAUCCUCUGGUCCAGCAGCAGCUACAGCAGCAGCAGCUCCAACAACAGAAACAACAACAAGCCAUUCUACAAAAGCAGCAACAACAGGCGACACAGCAACACCCACACGCUCUCGGAGACCCCAGUGGCUGUACAGGCGACAUGGGCAGUGUCCAACAGAUGCUCCAGGACAUACAGGGUCAGCAACAGCAGCAAGGCAUGACAGGAAUUGGAGCACCCCAGCACAUGCAGGUGGGCAACGGCCACUUCCCGGGUCACGGGAUGAACUUCAAUCCCCAGUUCGGGGGUCAAAUGCCUUUGAGUGGGUUGUGCGCUCAGGCAGGGGGAUUUCCAGUGAACAAGGACGUGACGCUCACCAGUCCUCUCCUGGUCAACCUGCUCCAGAGUGACAUCUCGGCUAGUCAGUUUGGACCUGGGGGGAAGCAGGGGGCUGGAGGACCUGGCCAGGCCAAACCCAAGAAGAAGAAACCACCACGCAAGAAGAAGCCCAAAGUAGGGGAGGGACAGCAGCCGAUGGAGGGGCUAGGGGGUCUGGAUGUGGGUGUUGGCCUGGAGGACCCAGAGCUGCCAGCACUGAGUGGGGAACAGGGGGUGGGCAUGGACCAUUCUGGACCCAAACUUUCAGACUUCACCAACAGGCCUGCAGGUUUCCCAGGUCAGCCUGGAGACCAGAGAGUCCUACAGCAGGUGCCUAUGCAGUUCAUGCAGCAGCAUCAACAACAGCAGCAUAUACAGCAGCAGCAGCAUCAGCAGCAGCUGCAACAACAGCAGCUACAGCAACAACAGCAAAUGCAACAACAGCAGCAACAGAUGCAACAGCAGAUGCAGGGAAUGCAAGUUCCUCCAGGACAGCAACAGGGGGUGGCUGGAGCUCUGGGUCAGACUCAAGGCCAGCCACAGAUGCACCCUCAUCAUCUACAACAACAACAAAAGCAGCAACAACCACACCAUCAACAGCAGCAGCAGCAACAACAGCAGCAGAUGGUCAUGAAGAUGCAGCAGGAGCAGGCUAAAAACCGGAUGCCCCUCCAUCCAGGUGGGCAGAACCCCCCCAGGGGCAUGAUGAACCCCGGGGAGGCCCAGAGGAUGCCUGGCACCCAGCAGGGCAACAUACCCGUCAUGAUCAACCUCCAGGGGCACGGAGGAGUGCCCCCCUCCCCAGACAAACCCAGAGGGAUGCCCCUCAUGGUCAACCCACAGAUGACUGGGGCAGCCCGGCAGAUGUCUCACCCUGAGGCAGGGCCUGGUUCCCAAGGAACGGGGGCUGAGGAGGCCCCUGGAGGUCCCAACUCACUGCAGGACAGAUCUGGAGGCCAGGAGAUGGGGAUGCAGUCUGGGAAUGGAGCCCAACAGUUGGUGGUGAACCAGGGCACAAACGCCCACAUGAUGAAGCAGGGCCCCAGCCCCUCGCCCAUGCCCCAGCACCCUGGAGCCAGUCCCCAGCAACAGAUGCCCCCUCAGCCCCUGCAGGGUGGCCCCAUGCCUGGCCUCCACUUCCCUAACGUUGCCACCACCUCCCAGAGCUCCAGGCCCAAAACACCCAACCGGGCCAGUCCCAGGCCCUACCACCACCCUCUCACACCUACCAACCGUCCUCCAAGCACUGAGCCCUCUGAGAUCAACCUCUCCCCUGAGAGGCUGAACGCCUCCAUUGCAGGCCUGUUUCCCCCCAAGAUCAACAUCCCUCUGCCACCCAGGCAGCCCAACCUCAGCCGGGGCUUUGAACAGCAGGGUGGGCUCAACCCCACCACUCUCAAAGCCAUAGGGCAGGCCCCUCCCAGCCUAACUAUGUCCAGCAACAAUGGAAGUGGUGGAGGUAACUCUGGUCAGCAGUCUUUCCCUAUAGGCAGUGGAGCGGCCAACUUGGGCCAAGGGAAACAGGACAAGCAGUCUGGAGGAGGGCAGGCUAAAAGGGCCAGUCCCAGUAACAGCCGCAGAUCCAGCCCUGCCUCCAGCCGCAAAUCCACUACCCCCAGCCCGGGGAGGCAGAAGGGGGCUAAGAUUGCCCUAACCUCCCCUCACCAGCAACACAUGGUCAACCCCCAGACAGGGCAGACCAUGAUGUUGAGCCCUACCCCAGUGCCUCCUAGCCCGGUCUCACUCGCGGUUGGGGUGGGCCUGGAUGCCCAUCAGAUCCAGAGCCCCUUCCAAGGGUUCCAGGAUAACACAGCUGAGAUGCCCAGGGAAGGGCAGGGAAUGGCAGGUGUAGAGCAGCGGCAGAUGCCUCAGCCUUUGAGGGAGCUCUCUGCCCCCCGGAUGGCUAGCCUUCGUGUCCCAACUCCUCAGGAGGCUAAAGCUGGGCUUGAGCGCACAAUGGUAGCAGGGGAGAGGCAGCCUGUACAGAUGGCUCCUCAGCAGGAGUUUGUAUCUGUAUAUGAGGCCUCUCCUGCUCUCAGGGAUGUUCCUACCUCCCUUAACCAGCUACUGGAUAACGCAGCCACCCCCAGCGUGCCUGCCAGGCCCACUCAGAGUGCUCCAGCUGGGGAUUCUGUCUACAAGGAGAGCACUAAAGCCUCCAUAGAUCAAGAGAACCCAUCCAGUGCUUUUCAGAGCUUGGAAGUGGGGGAUACUGCUGUUGCUACUACUGGUGCUGCUGUGAACGAGCCAGAAGCUAAACCCAAGCCCAGCCCAACCCCCCGCCCCAAACUCCCAAAUCCAGCCAGUAGUCCUAUUCUGCAGCCUAAAGGAAGCCCCAAUCUUAAUGUGAAUCACAGCCCUAGCCCCAAUCUAAACUCGACUGCUAGCCCCAACCCUACUCUAAACCCUGCUCCUAGUCUUCGUGUCAAUGUGGGCGCUAGCCCCAACACAGCCACAGUCAGUCAUAGUUGUCCCAGCCUCAAUGUUUCCCCCAGGCCAAACUCUAACUCAAACCCUGCAGUUAGUCCCAAAUUAAUCCCCAGCCCUAAACCCCUGGCCAGUGUCUCCACAGUCCUGCAGAUCCCUGCGUCCUCUCCCACCAUCUCCCCCAACCAGAUAACCGUGUUUGUCACCUCCAACCCUAUCAGUUCCACCCCUCAGGCCCCCCCAGCCAUCGUCUCCACUAUGGUGGCCAUGCCCAGUAAGAACAUCAGAGCACAGCAGCUCAGCCAGCAGACCACUGCCCCCCGGCCCCAAUUCAUUACCACGCCUGUGUUUAUUAAUACUGGUACCCCAAUCUUCCAGGUCCCCGCUGCGUCUGUGGCCCCCAACACCACAAUGGUGUCCCAGCCAAUCACCAUGGUAGGGCCCAUAAAGGUGUCCACAACUAAUAUCCAGCUCACCACCGCUCCAACCCAGGCCCAAGCCCCAGGCUCUGCCUGGACCCAGGCUUCUGUGGUCAGUGUGGCUGGCACCCAGCCUGCCCGAACGCUAGUUGAGCAGGUCCAGAUGGCCAGUAGACAGGCUUCCCCUGUUAGUAACUUGCCUCCUCCCCAGCAGCAAAGCCCUACCACUCCCAAACCAGAGACCUCUACCUCACCAGUUGGGCAGCCUUCCCGCCGUCCAAGCCCCUAUCCCACAGCCUCUACGUUUGCCUCGUCUCCCUUCCAGCAGCCCCUAGGGUCCCCCUUUCCAUGCUCCCCCUCCUUGGCUGCCCAGGGCAAGCCUUUCCAGGCUCCUGGCUCUGUACCAGUGAGCAGUCCACCAGAUUCCCAGCAGGUUUCUAAGGAAUGGCCAGCCCAGACUUUAGGGUUGGCUUACCAGCACCAGACAGGUCUGAACGCUGGGGGUGUGCCCAUUCAUACAUCCCCUGCAUCUCUCACCCAGACUGAGGCCACAGUGUCUGGAGCACAGACUCGGACUACUUCUGCUGCUGCUCCGAAAGCCACCACUCCUCCACCUUUUCAUGCUCAACCUGCUACACCAGCCCAGUCCCUUGUUCCUGCCCCAGCCUCUAAACCUACCACCCCUCCGCCAGUCUCAGUCCCUGUCACCACCCCAAUCACUACUACUGCCCCUGUUCCUACCACUGCUACAUUUCUCCCUGAUCCGGCUCCUCCUUCAGCCCCAGUCCCGAUACCAAAUCUGUCCCCAUCUACAUCUCCUGUUGUUGCCACCACUGGACCCUCCAACCCCCCCAGGGACUCCUCAGCCAUAUCCUCCCCAGCCAUAUCCUCCCCAGCGGCCCUUACCCCUACUGUGGCUCAGCCUGUCCCCACAGCCAUGGAGCCUCCAAGCCAGCCAGCCCCACCAGAGGCCACAGCACCUUCGGAGAAUACCCAGAUCACCCCAGUGUCAAUCCAACCUGAAGCUCUACAGCAAGAGGAGCCUUCUGCUACUGAAAAUACUGCAGAAGAAGUUGCCACUGUGACUGAACAAGGAUGGGCAAAGAAAAGAAAGACACCCGUUAACUUAGUCUCAAGGGCUGCCGUGGAGAAGUCGAAGGGUCCUAGCAGACGGAGCUCACGGGCCGACAAGGAGGUGGAGGAGGAGACUGUGGCAGACAGCAUGCAGAGGAAGAGACCGGCCAGGCCAGGAGCCGGUGCUGCUGCUAAAGAAACGGGUGCCAGCCCUACCCAGGCUAAGAGAAGGAAGUCUAAAUGACCACAGUAGUGAAACCCUGUGAUCUGAACUGUAAAUGUAUUUUUCUUUGUCAAUCAUUUGAUGAGCUUCUUUUCUCCAGGAUUACACAUUUUUGAUGGUGAAAAUAACCAUGUACAGAUAAUUGUUUGAAAAAUAAUUGUUGAUGUUUUGUCCCUGCUAUCAUGUGAGGUUGUAGCUUGUGUGUGUGUGUGUGUGUGUGUUUAAUUAAUUAUGUGAAGACUGAUAAUAAAACUUGACUCAAUUGUAUAAUUAUGUUGUAAAACUUCAUUAAAUUUUCUACUACUUUUUUUUUUUAAAUGGUUUAAUGUGCUGUACUUCCAAAGUUGUACUGUGAUAUUCUGUGAAAGUUGGCUGCAUUAAUUGUUUCAUAUACCGUUUUAACAUGGUUCAAUGCUGUCACCUUUUGCAUUGCAGGCUGAAAAUGGAGUAUUUACUGUAGUUCAGAAAGUGAUCCUAUUUCUCAUCGGUUUCCAUGUUUCGAACAUGACCUUACCAGAAAUCAGUGAAUUACAACUGUUUUAGAGAAGAACCAUGUAGGACAGUAGGCAACAUUAUUUUAAUAAAUUUGAGUAUGCACAGUGACCAGAAAUUCGGACCCAGUGCGCAACGAUUCCAGUCUAUCCAGACGACUCCAUCAACCUCAUCUUCUGACCUUGGGCGUCUGUCUUGUGUAUGCUUUACAAGCAACCUCAUCUUCUGACCUUGGGCGUCUGUCUUGUGUAUGCUUUACAAGCAAACCUCAUCUUCUGACCUUGGGCGUCUGUCUUGUGUAUGCUUUACAAGCAAACCUCAUCUUCUGACCUUGGGCGUCUGUCUUGUGUAUGCUUUACAAGCAAACCUCAUCUUCUGACCUUGGGCGUCUGUCUUGUGUAUGCUUUACAAGCAACCUCAUCUUCUGACCUUGGGCGUCUGUCUUGUGUAUGCUUUACAAGCAACCUCAUCUUCUGACCUUGGGCGUCUGUCUUGUGUAUGCUUUACAAGCAAAUUGACAAUGAGCAGAGAUCAUGGUCAAAGAGACUCACAGGUAGUGUUAUUAUGCUUUAUAAUUUUUAUAUUUAGUAGGCUAGAUAGUUAUUUGAAUUGUGACAAUUGGUUUUGUUGACUAUAUAAUGACAUGGCAUUUUUAAUAUGUUCACAUGGAUACAAUCGAUAUGUAAAUAAAGUUGAAUUAGUUGUCA